AUGGCUUAUGCAGUUUACUCUCUCCAUUCCACUCCCAUCACAGAUCAUCUUCCGGGGGAGGGUCCUCAGCUGUUUGUGCUGAAGCCGGAGAGUGUUACAGCAACAAAAGGCAAGGACAUCACGUUUGUGGCUAAAGUGGACUCCUCAAACCUGAUAAAGAAACCGGUCAUGAAAUGGCUGAAGGGGAAGUGGCUUGACCUGGGUAGCAAAGCUGGAAAGCAUCUUCAGUUUAAAGAGUCCUAUGACAGAAACACCAAGAUCUACACUUACGAGAUGAGCAUCAUCAAACUAGUGGAUGGAGACGCAGGUGGCUACCGCUGCGAGGUCACCUCCAAAGACAAGUGCGACAGCUGCACAUUCGAAGUCUCUGUGCAGGCUGCAGAAGAGGACCAGCAGGACAACAUCUUGGAGGCAUUUAAGCGAUCUGGAGAUGCAGAUGAGGAUGCUGGAGAGCUAGACUUCAGCGCACUGCUCAAGAAAAGGCAGAAGAAGAAGAGGAAGGAGGAACCAGAAGUGGAUGUAUGGGAAAUCCUAAAGAAAGCUAAGCCCUGCGACUAUGAGAAGAUUGCCUUUCAAUAUGGCAUCACAGACCUGAGGGGUAUGCUGACGAGGCUGAAGAAGAUGAAGGCUGAGUCCAAAAAGAGUGAUGCUUUCCUGAUGAAGCUGGAUCCAGCGUACGCAGUGGACAAGGGCGAGAAGAUCCAUCUCACAGUGGAAGUGGCUGACCCCGACGUUGCAGUCAAAUGGUUCAAAAAUGGACAGGAAAUCAAACCAUCAGCUAAAUAUGUCCAGUUUCCAGUUGGUGAUUUACAUAAAAUAGCGUAUCUCUUUAAUGACUCACUUUCCAUCUGUUGUUUGACUCAAAGCUCUUUGUUUUCAGAACCUCCAGUCACCAUCACCAAGCUGCUGGAUGAUGUUCACACAGUGGUGGGUGAGAGGGUGGAGUUUGAAGUGGAAGUGUCUGAGGAAGGCGCUAACGUCAUAUGGAUGAAAGAUGGAGUGGAGUUGAAUAGAGACACUGCAGGUUCAAAGUACAGGUUAAAGAAAGAUGGGAAGAGGCACAUUUUGAUCAUAAAUGAAGCCACUAAAGAGGAUAUUGGAACGUACUACGUCUAUACCAACGGUGGGGAGUCAAAGGGAGAGCUGGAGGUUGAAGAUAAGGAGCUGGAGGUUCUACAGAGCAUAGCCGACCUGACAGUGAAGGCAUCUGAGCAAGCUGUAUUCAAGUGCGAGGUGUCUGAUGAAAACGUGACUGGAAAAUGGUUCAAGGAUGGUGUCGAAGUCGAGGCCAGCGAUCGCAUCAAAAUUUCACACAUUGGAAGGAUCCACAAGCUGACGAUCAAUGACGUGAAGGCUUCAGACGCGGGAGAUUAUACCUUCGUCCCUGAUGGCUACGCACUUUCUCUCUCAGCAAAACUGAACUUCCUGGAGAUAAAAAUUGAAUAUGUUCCACGACAAGACCCUCCCAAGAUCUUCCUGGACACCGGUAGCUCCGGCGGCAACAACAACAUUACGGUGGUGGCUGGAAACAAACUUCGCCUGGACGUUCAGAUCACAGGAGAGCCGGCCCCCACUGUGUGCUGGAUGAAAGGAGACCAAGUGUUGUCCGAGGCUGAGGGACGGGUCCACGUGGAGUCAGAGCCGAACGUGUGCAGCUUUGUAAUAGAGGGGGCGGAGAAAGUGGACGAGGGCCAAUACUCCAUCACGGUGACUAACCCUGUCGGCGAGGACAAGGCGGAUCUCUUUGUUAGAGUUGUGGAUGUGCCGAACUCUCCCGAGAACGUCAAGUGCGCAUCAGUUGGCGAGGACUCUGCCAUCAUCACAUGGGACCCUCCCGCCUUUGACGGUGGAGUUGCCGUUAAAGGGUACCUGAUGGAGAGGAAGAAGAUAGGCUCGCCCAGAUGGACGAAGCUCAACUUUGAUGUUUACGAGUCCACCACAUACGAGGCUAAGAAGAUGAUUGAAGGUGUACUCUACGAGAUGAGAGUGUUUGCAGUCAAUGGCAUUGGCAUCUCUCAGCCCAGUGCAAGCUCAAAGCCCUUCAUGCCCAUUGCCCCCACCAGUGAGCCCACUCGUCUCACAGUAGAUGAUGUGACAGACUCUACCUGUGCACUCAAGUGGCGUCCUCCAGAGAGAAUCGGAGCAGGUGGCAUCGAUGGCUACAUCAUUGAAUACUGCAAAGAAGGAAGUGACCAGUGGGUGCGGGCUAAUGAGGAACCGGUGGAAAAUAUCCAUUACAGGGUGAAGGGACUCCCAGUGGGGGAGAAAAUGCUGUUCAGAGUGAUCGCAGUCAACAUUGCCGGCCACAGUCGUCCUGCCGUUCUCUCCCAAGCCGUCACUAUCCGAGAGAUCGUGGAAAAUCCAAAGAUACGCCUGCCUCGCCGUCUGAGAACCAAAUUCAUCACACAGGUGGGCGAGAAGGUGAACUUGGUCAUCCCCUUCCAGGGAAAGCCUCGUCCUGUUGUGACCUGGUAUAAAGACGGUGUUCCCAUGGAGGACCGCACAGUGGGAACUCGUACCAGUGAAGUUGACACCAUCCUCUUUAUUCGCUCUGCCGAGAGGGUCCACUCUGGAAAGUACACACUGUCUGUUCAGAUUGAAAACAUGUCAGACAGCGCUGACAUACACAUCCAGGUUGUAGAAAAGCCGGGUCCUCCCAUCGCCGUGCGUGUCACAGAUAUCUGGGGCUUCAAUGCUGCGCUGGAGUGGAAGCCGCCUAAAGAUGACGGCAACUGCGAGAUUAUUGGCUACACCAUUCAGAAAGCUGACAAGAAGACUAAGGAGUGGUUCACGGUCUACGAGCACAACCGCAGGCCCAGCUGCACUGUGUCUGACCUGGUCAUGGGGAACGAGUAUUCCUUUCGAGUGUUCAGCGAAAACAUCUGUGGCCUCAGCGAUGAGCCUGGCAUCAGCAAGAACACCGCUGUCAUUACCAAAACAGGUUUGGGUUACAACCCUUCACCCUACAAAGAGAUAGACGUGAGCCGCUGUCCUAAAUUCACAGCUCCCCUGGUGGACAGAAGUGUCAUUGCAGGAUACAGUGCCGCCAUCUCCUGUGCCGUUCGUGGCAACCCCAAGCCAAAGAUCAUUUGGAUGAAGAACAGAAUGAUCAUCGGUGAGGACCCCAAGUUUCUGAUGCAAAACAACCAGGGAGUGUUGACUCUGAAUAUCCGCAAGCCGAGCCUGUUCGAUGGGGGCAGAUACUCCUGCAGGGCCGUCAACGACCUCGGGGAAGACGAGGUGGAGUGUACUCUGGAGGUUCGAGUUUUACAAGAGAAAGGGGAGGAGGCGAAGAAAUGAGCGGCACUGCGAAACAGCAGAGGAUACAGUUGAACAGGAAUAGUAAUGGAUUAUGUAUAACGGGAUAGUCAUGAAUAAAUAUGAUUAAAAUAGAUCACUUGUGAGGCUCUAAAGCCACCCCGUGCACCCCCCCCACCCCCCUAAACGCAUAUGCUUGCCUUUCACCGCUGCUAUGAUGAAUGCCGUAUCAGUAAUAUGCCAUAAAUUCUUUCAGCACGCUGCCACCUUGUCACUCCCUGACUGAGAGAACCCACAGUGUAGAGUAGUAGAGCUGCCCUGCUGUGACCACACACACAGAUGGAUCCUUCUUAUCUGUGAAGUGGACCUGUCACUGAACACACUUAUAAAACAGCCUUUCAUCCA